AUGCGUCACGAAGAAAUAGCGUCCAAAAGAAAAACAUUAGAAGAUCUAGAUUCUCAAAAGAACGAAAAAUUUCAAGAAAUUGAUCGCCUCGGAAAUCUUAUAGCGGAUAAAAUACAAACAAUUAAAACUAUAGAUGUACAGAUACAGGAAAAAAAUAAUGAUUACAGUCGUCUUAACGGUUUAAUUUCAGAAAAAACCAAAAUGAAUGACGAUCUAGAUUCCCAAAUUAAAACCAAAGCUGAGAAGCGUGAUUUUCUUGACCGUGAAAUAUUCGUGAAAAUACAAAAAAAUAAAGAUCUAGAUUUUCAAAUGAAAGAAAAAUCUCAAGAAAUUGAUCGCCUCGGAAAUCUUAUCGCGGAAAAAACACAAACAACUGAAACUGUAGACGUACAGAUACAGAAGAAAAAUAAUGAUAACAAUCAUCUCGAUGAUCUGAUUUCAGCUAAAAUUAAAACAAUUAAUGAUCUAGAUUCACAAAUUAAAACCAAAGGUGACAAACGUGAUUAA